UCCACGGCACCCACACACCACGCCGCAGUUUUAUGUUAAGUUAGAAAGAGGAAGCAGCUCCACUGUGACAGCGCUACACACAGAAGCAGAGGAAGACCUUGAAGGACCAAAUACUACUGGCGACUCGCCUCGCAGGGGGAGCCAAUGAACUUCUUGCACUGGCCAAAUGGAAUCAAGAAAGCCUAUAUACUGUGCUACCCAGCUCAAAGAAUUCUACAGAAGAUCCAGAGCAGCCACCAGCCCUGUAGUGAAACAAUGACAGAAGCUCUUCUUGGGGGAAGCUGGUCCUAUGAAAAUGUUUGCCAUUUUGGUCAGUAAUAUAAUAUUCACUUACAUGGUCUCUCUUAUUUAAAGCUUAUACAAAAGUGUGUUAGUUGGUCAACUAAUAUAGAAACCUAAUACCAGAAAAGUAGUGUUCUCUGCUUCAGAAAAGAGAUCAGAACUUUUAAAAAGGCAUCAAACAUUUAGAAAAAAAACAAAAAACAAACAAACAAACGACAACAACAACAAAAAUAAAACAGAAAAACUGCAAAUUAGUUUUACCUAAUCACCAUGCAUCUUAGGCACAUACUUACCAAACCAUGAACCUCCAGCUUACCCACACACGGAAAACGCACAGUAUAAGGAGUACUACUGCUCCGAUGCCUCAGGGCAAAUAUGCAGAGAAUAGAUUUAAUCAAAGUCUCAAGCAUCAGGCAGCGCAGCAGGUGUCCAGGAAACAGUGUGAACAUCACUCCCUCACCCACUCUGCUUCAGAACACACUAGGAAAACACCACGGCUGCCACCCCGACACCUGCCACACGAUUUACACUAUAAACCGACACUUAAAAUAGACUCCAGCUUGGACUCUAAAAAAAAACCUCGACGCUCCUCCGGUUUCUUCGGGCUCAUUGGCCGUGGAACCGCCAAACACGUGACAGCUCUGCCUCCAGGCGUGUGGUGCGUCACCAGCACUAGCCCAGCCGCCUACGCCACACCACACUGCUCUCACCCACUCUCAGCACCGCCAGACACCUCUCCCCAAACCAAGACUGUCACUUCAUGGCAACACGCAACAAUGAAGCACCAUCCUGCGCAGAGCCGAAAUCAUUCGUGUCUUCACCCGCCCCAGGAAAGCGAGCCGCUUCCGGCUCUUCUCUGGCAACACGGCCCCUCAUCCUUCCAGCUGUGGACCAGCCACCAUUCACUCCAAAAUCAACCGUUCCCUUUCAACAGACCUAGAGGCAUCACUAAGGCUGCUAACUGGCCCACCGGUGAGCACAACCCCUGCAACAAAACAAGAGUGUUAGAGCUGGCCGUGGCCGGGCCCCUGGAGACUGUCAGGAAGGAUGGUUAGA